UGACAGAAUUCUGGAAACAAAGUGAUCCCUCGGAAGCAUUAAUCACAACAAAAUAACAUAAGAAUUGCAGACUCGGUUUGAUAGAGUCUGUGCAUGAGGGAUAAUGAAUUAGUGCAACAUCCCUCACGCCCCCUAGCACCGGCUUGAGCGGUACUCAAUUCUCAACACUUUAUAGUGUUGGCAUCAAUGAUCCCGAAGGACCAGAAAAUAUAACAACACUGAAGUGAAGUACGGGGCAACUUUUUACGGCUGCCACACGGCACUUGACACCUGCUGUUGUGAAGUACAAAAUUCUGGAAACAAAGUGAUCCCUCGGAAGCAUUAAUCACAACAAAAUAACAUAAGAAUUGCAGACUCGGUUUGAUUGAGUCUGUGCAUGAGGGAUAAUGAAUAAGUGCAACAUCCCUCACGCACCCUAGAAGUCUUUCCGUUGCAUUAACCGUACUUUCGAAAUUUACUUUUAUUAUGGUUUGGUUUAACUAUAUCAGAAAGAAUGGAUCUACAAGUAGGACAAAUGGUCUUAGAACAAUUUGACUUCAUCUGCAGCACAUAAUGCGCUAGAAGUGUUUUUCGUUUGAAUAUUUUAAAGUGAUUUCAUAUAUUAAAAGUGCUGGGAAAAGUAAGCUAAUGUAUUCCUCUGUUGCUUUAAGUAUAAGCCGAUUUCUGUUCCGAACAUACGUUGUCCAGAAUUUAACGCAAUAUAUUGGUAUGUGUUACCAUCAUCUUAAGUUUUGGUUUAAUGCGGCGUUAUAAAUAACUUGUUCUUCGGGAUUAUUACUUGUAAUGAGAGAUUUAAAACAUGUGUAAUCACUAGUUACACCGUCCACAGAAGUGUAACAGAUUUAACGAGAACCAUUGGCUGCCCUGUUACUGUGUGAAGAUGAAAGAGGUUAUAUUACAGUUUCCAAAAUCUGUGUGUCCAACCACUUCGAGUGAGAGGGUCAUCAUUUUGGGUUCUAGCUAUCAAAGAAUGUUGAACGCUCUGUUGAGAACGUUUAUACUUUUUGCAACUUUUGUUGCGGCAACACGGGGAACGUACGUUGUUGAUACCUAUAACUCAUUGGAUAUUGACGAAACGUCGAGCUUAGAACAGUCUAUCAAUGCUGAAUCCAACACUGAAACGCUUGAAAUAAGUAUCUGGAGUCCAUGGGGAGCAUUUAAUGGUGGAGGCUCAACUGAAGAAUCAGGAACAGCCAGAACAACAGUCAAACCACACAGCAUUAAAUCAGUGGGAUCUCAAACGUCUGACGACAACUCUAACUCAGUCGAUAGUGCCACGGCUAAUGAUGGAGCUUCUGUUAAAUCAAUUUCACUAAAUUCUGGGGCGUCUAAUAAUGGUGACGAGAAUGCCGGGGGUGGAUUGAAUGGUGGAAGUUCAAGUAAGGUUUCAGAAAUAAAUAGAACGACGGUAAAACCAAAGAGCAUUAAAUCUUCUGGAUCUCAAACGUCUGACGACAACUUUAACUCAGUCGAUAGUGCCACGGCUAAUGAUGGAGCUUCUGUAAAAUCAAUUUCACUAAAUUCUGGGGCGUCUAAUAAUGGUGACGGGAAUGCCGGGAGUGGAUUGAAUGGUGGAAGUUCAAGUAAGGUUUCAGAAAUAAAUAGAACGACGGUAAAACCAAAGAGCAUUAAAUCUUCUGAAUCUCAAACGUCUGACGGCAAUUCUAACUCAGUCGAUAGUGCCACGGCUAAUGAUGGAGCUUCUGUAAAAUCAAUUUCACUAAAUUCUGGGGCGUCUAAUAAUGUUGAUACCUAUAACUCAUUGGAUAUUGACGAAACGUCGAGCUUAGAACAGUCUAUCAAUGCUGAAUCCAACACUGAAACGCUUGAAAUAAGUAUCUGGAGUCCAUGGGGAGCAUUUAAUGGUGGAGGCUCAACUGAAGAAUCAGGAACAGCCAGAACAACAGUCAAACCACACAGCAUUAUAUCGGCUGGAUCUCAAACGUCUGACGACAACUCUAACUCAGUCGAUAGUGCCACGGCUAAUGAUGGAGCUUCUGUAAAAUCAAUUUCACUAAAUUCAGGGCCGUCUAAUAAUUAUGACGGGAAUGCCGGGGGUGGAUUGAAUGGUGGAAGUUCAAGUAAGGUUUCAGAAAUAAAUAGAACGACGGUAAAACGAGCAUUAAAUCUUCUGAAUCUCAAACGUCUGACGGCAACUCUAACUCAGUCGAUAGUGCCACGGCUAAUGAUGGAGCUUCUGUAAAAUCAAUUUCACUAAAUUCUGGGGCGUCUAAUAAUGGUGACGGGAAUGCCGGGAGUGGAUUGAAUGUGGAAGUUCAAGUAAGGUUUCAGAAAUAAAUAGAACGACGGUAAAACCAAAGAGCAUUAAAUCUUCUGAAUCUCAAACGUCUGACGACAACUUUAACUCAGUCGAUAGUGCCACGGCUAAUGAUGGAGCUUCUGUAAAAUCAAUUUCACUAAAUUCUGGGGCGUCUAAUAAUGGUGACGGGAAUGCCGGGAGUGGAUUGAAUGGUGGAAGUUCAAGUAAGGUUUCAGAAAUAAAUAGAACGACGGUAAAACCAAAGAGCAUUAAAUCUUCUGAAUCUCAAACGUCUGACGGCAAUUCUAACUCAGUCGAUAGUGCCACGGAAAUUAAUGAUGGAGCUUUUGAAAAAUCAAUUUCAGAAAAUUCUGGGGCGUCUUCUAUAAACGGCGGAAGCUCAAGCAAGGUUUCAGAAAUAAAUAGAACGACGGUAAAACCAAAAAGCCUAAAAUCAUCUGAAUCUCAAACGUCUGACGACAACUCUAACUCUCUCGACAGUGCGACGGAAAUUAAUGAUGGAACAUCUGAAGAGUCAAUUUCACAAAAUUCUGUGGCGUCUAAUAUAGUUGAAUGGAGCCCCUGGGGUGGAUUGACUGGUCGAAGGUAAAAUUAGAUGAAGGAAUGUUAAGUAAAGAGACAAUAAUACUGUAACCGUCAUGUUGAAAACAAACAAUAAAAAUGUAAUUGAUAAAAACAUCACUAUGUGAAG